GAAGAUCAACUACCCCUCUGGCACGUCGAGGUCCACCCCAGUGUGUGACGCUUCAUCAGACACAGUCUCACGUCAACGUCACUGUUCCAGGAGGGGUGAAGAUCAACUGCCCCUCUGGCACGUCGAGGUCCACCCCAGUGUGCGACGCUUCAUCAGACACAGUCUCACGUCAACGUCACUGUUUCAGGAGGGGUGAAGAUCAACUGCCCCUCUGGCACGUCGAGGUCCAUCCCAGUGUGUGACGCUUCAUCAGACACAGUCUCACGUCAACGUUACCGUUCCAGAAGGGGUGAUGCAGACAUAAGAACAAUGUUGGACAGAGUUCUGGUAUUCCUACUACUGGUUGGAGGUGUAAGGGGACAGGGGUGUCCUGUGGGGAAGUACGGAGACAACUGUAAACUGAACUGCAGUCGUUACUGUGCCCCUUAUGACGGACAGAAAGUUUACUGUGACAAACAGACUGGAAGAUGUUCAGAAGGAUGCAUCCGUGGAAAGUAUGGUGACCGGUGUCAUCUAACCUGCAGCAGGAACUGUAAGAAGCACAUAUGCAGUUUCCAGACAGGACACUGUGUCCAGGGCUGUGAAGGCAGCAACACAGGGCAUUUCUGUGAGACCUCCCAAGAACCUGGCUCAAAACAAGAUGCUGCUUCAUCACCACUGGUUCCGAUACUUGUUCCAGUGUUGGUCAUAGCCAUCAUCAUCAUCAUCAUCAUCACUGCAGUGACUGUGAUCUGCAGGUGGCGCAGAAGGUAUGACUAUUUUCAUUGAAACAUGAUUAGUGUA